AUGGAUGCUCUAAAGCAACUUCAUACGUCUAUUUCCGGCACAUUUGAGAAAUGCUUCAAUGAUACCUACAAGAAGCUCAAUGCAGAGCUCGCCGCGUACGACGCGCGCGUACACGAUGCGGAAGAGAGAGCAAAAGCUGCAGAUGAAGCUCGCCGCGAGUUGAGAUUUGAAACGAAAGUUCUGAGAGAAGAAUUGUCUUUACUGCGAGGGAAAACGCGUACAACUGGCUUCGAUUCGACCGGCAAUGGACCUAUAACGAGAUCGCUUGAACUAGACGAGAUAUUCGAACCAAGUCUCGUUCUGGGCGACGUCGACGCUUCCGAUUUCAGCGCUGAGAGAUUCAAAACAAUCAGCGACAGAUAUUUGCAGCUGUAUGGACAAGCUGGAAUGUUUUUGGAGGCCUCGCUGGCUCUCAGGGCACAGGUGAAAAGCCACAAAAGAAAGCUGGAGCGCCUGCAAAGCUUCUUUGCCCGCUCAGAGUUUACCCUCACCUUCGGCGAUCAAGUCGUCAAAUUUCAACGUGUCGAGCAAAAGCCAGCAGAGACGACAACGCUGCUCGAGGUAGCCGACCCUAAUGCGAACACAGAGGCGCCAACUAAAAAGCCAGUCCUUCCCACUGCAUCCGAUGGAGGCAGCAUUAUCGAGGAUGAACAAGAACAAGGAGGCGAGAGACAGAUCCUCAUAGGGGAUUCGCGGCAGGACCCUAUACACUCAGACGCUUCAACUGUCGAAUUGCCGCCUGUUCCCCUUGCGCCUCGGAGUACUCAAAAAUCUGGAACGUUAAAGCGGAGGUAUUCGGGGGACCAACCAGCUCUCAAACAUGGCUCGUCUCCCAGGAGUGCAAACAAAGGUGGCCUGGGACAUCCCAUCAUUGUCAAAAGCGAAACCAUGUCCUCCAGCCCUGUCAUGACUUAUCCUUCGCAUACAUCGCACACAGGGCCGACAGGGACGCAAGACUUAGACGAUAUCGGCGAUACUGUUGUUACCCCGACAAAAAGAAUUCGAUGUCGUGAAGAGCCAAGCUUUCGAUCAUUGAGCGCUGAGUCUCAACCUCCUAACAUGAAAACAUCGUCGGCUCCGUUCCUCACGCAGCAUAGUCGGAUGAAUGGGAGAAAUGGGUCAGGGGUGCUUCAACCGGUCGACGGCAACCUACGAACCCCAAGCGGUCUCUAUCAGACACUAAACAAGGGGCGGAAAAUGGAACCCGGCAGCAUGAAGAGGUUAUCAGCGCUAACAGAAGACGGUGAUGAAACUUGCCCUUUGGCAUUCACCAGGAAAGCAGGAACCAGAACACCAGAAAACAGCCCGUACUUUCAAAUCCGGUCAAUUGGCAACCGAUUAACCAAUCUGCUUGAUCAACCGUCGCCGUCGAGCAGAAGUCUACAGCCCAAGCCGGCUGCCGACAAACCUACUCGAAGGCGCACGCGCUCCCCCGAGAAAGGUAGCUCUACGGCUAACCGUAGCGAAUCAGAUACUACAUCUGCAACCACACCAGCUACCUCGGAACAAUCACGAACCAAUUCAAAACUGAGCGUGCGUCAGCCUCGCAGCGCAAGUCCAAUAAAAAUAGCGCCCGAGGAUGAGCCCUACAGAGCCCGACCGCUCAAUCGACUUGCUCUUGAUCAUUUCAAAAUAAAUCCAGAUCGCAACCAGGGGCUGGAUUUUGCCUAUGACGAAGUGGUUCGGAAAAGGGACGAACGCAAAUGUAUGGGUGGCUGCACCCGUCCAGGUUGCUGUGGAGAUAAGUUCCGUGCCAUGGCGCGGUUUGGCAUUUCCACAGUCGCAUCUGGGAGACAAAUCAGCGACGAGGAGAUUCUAGAAGAGUUCUUAGGCGAAGGCGAACACACCAUCGAGGAUCUUAGCACGGAACAACGUCGAGACCUGCUGGAGCAAGCCAAGACCAAGUUCUUUUCUGACCGUUUCGGACGACAUAGGCAUCAGCAUCACCGCUCAGGCACGCCCCCGGGCUUCUGGCGCACCGAUAUGCCUGGUACGCAGGAAUUGGAGGAGGACCGUGAGCAGGCGCAUAGAUUUGAGAGGGAAAAGGUAGAGGAGCGGUACAGAGAAGCAAUGCGCUUAGGUGGUCGAUGGAUGUUUGCGGACGAGUGA